CCACCCCCACAUUUGGACGGCGCGUACGCGGCUACAAACCGAAGUACAGUGCAACGCCAUAAUUCACUAAUACAUCAUAAAUCGUUGAAAGUGCCCGCGCUGUAACGACCAGGAGAAACCUAACAAAUCAGCUGGCCCCCACUGCUCAGCUGUUCGCCCGCCAACUCUGUAAAACAUCUAAAUGAGCUCUUACUUUGUAAACUCGUUCUCGGGGCGCUACCCAAAUGGCCCCGACUAUCAGCUGCUGAAUUAUGGAGCCGGCGGCGGCGACGCACCGAGCAGCGGGACGUUCAGGGACUCUUCCUCUGCCACCAUGCACCAUGCCACGGGCUCCUACGGCUACGGCUACAAUGGCAUGGAUCUGACCGUGACCAGCCGGGGAGGUGGGGGGGCCACCAGGGCAGCGAGCACCGGCGGACACUUCGUCGAGGACUCCCGGGGCUUUGGCAUCAGACAGCCGUCCAGCUGCUCCUUCAGCUCGGCCACAAACUCGCCGCUGUCAGCAGCUCGUGAGAGCGGCAAGCUGAGCUCGUCCUCCGCGGCGGAGAAAACAGGAAGCGGCAGCCUCGGCUCUCCGAACCUCCCGUCCUCUCUGCCCUCGGCUGCAGCCGGUCCGCGCUUCACCGAGCUGGACGACGCGUCUCCGGACGCAAAGGAGCUGAACUCGGAUCCGAGUCUGGGGAGCAACCCGCCGCCCGCGAGCGGGCUCUCCCACCAGAAGCAGGAGGGCUGCCCGGCGGGGUCCGCCGCUGGCAGCGCAGUCAGCGAGGCGCACACACCACAGAUUUUCCCCUGGAUGAGAAAGCUGCACAUCAGCCAUGAUAUGACCGGCCCGGACGGGAAACGGGCGCGGACGGCCUACACCCGCUACCAGACCCUGGAGCUGGAGAAGGAGUUCCACUUCAACCGGUACCUGACGCGGCGGAGGCGCAUCGAGAUCGCGCACGCGCUCUGCCUGUCCGAGCGGCAGAUCAAGAUCUGGUUCCAGAACCGGAGGAUGAAGUGGAAGAAGGACAACAAGCUGAAAAGCAUGAGCAUCGCUGCCGCCGGCAGCGCUUUCCAACCCUAGGAGGGAGCGGGAGCUUCUCGGAGAGACAGAACCGAGCCCGUUUCGCUUUCUUUCGCGCUCCGGGCCUGAGAGGAGCACGAGACAAACAGCUGAGAAGAGAUGAAGAAAACUUGAAGGCAGAGGAAAAGAACCAGGGAGCCCAGCUGAGGAUGGAGGAGAAGAUGAAGAAACUUGUAGAUUCCACAUCWGAAUUUUCAUUCACUUUAUGUUCUCAUGUCAGCAGCUGGGAUGUGUUUUACAGCAGCGCAGCACUUUUUCCUUGUUUGGCAUGUUGGUCUUUGGUGUUUCAGGGAAAAAACAAUUAUUCUAAGAUUUUUAAAAAGAAAUACUCGCACACACAAAGUAAAAGUCACAGUUUGAAGUGAACAGAGUAAGUCUAUGGACAUUGUUACAUUUUUAUUCUAUCUGGUUAUAGUUUACUGAGUCUAGUGCCAUAUUUUUGCUGUUUAAGGUGCUUCAUGUGAGCCUGUCCUGUCCAGUAAGACUGUAAAACAGUUGUUUGGACCCUCAUCCUUCCAGGUCCCUGCCAUCAGAAUCUGUACAGUUUCACAGAGGAAGAAGUGACAGUGCGCGCUUGUGUGUGCUCGCUCGCGCGCGUGUGUGUACAGUGAAACCUUCAUUUCCGAUCCACUUCCUGAUGUUCUGUGUUAAUCUGUAACCCAAAACAGUUGUGUCCUUUUCUUAAUGUUUCUUGCAUAUGUUCAGGUGAUGUACACAUGAACGUGUUGACAUGUGACCAACACCACUGUCCCGCUGUUGCGCCGUGUGAGUGCGCCCGCGUUAUUUGAGGGUCCGUGUGUGUGUGUGUGUGUGUGUGUGUGUGUGUGUGUGUGCGCGCGCGCGCGCUUAUCGUCAGUGAGCUUUUUUUGUAACUGUAAUUUGGAGUAAAACUAAAAUAAAGUUUCUCAUAGUCGUGAAAGCCGGUCAGACCUGACGCA